GGGAGGAGAGAGAGAAACAGACAGACAGAGUGGUGGAGAGGAAAGGAUGAAGCAGUUGCAUGUGAAGUGGUUUAGCAGUCAGCGUUCUUACCUCAUUCUCCUGAGGGUUGUUUGUACACAGCUGUCUCCAGCUGGGGCCUGGCUGGCUGCUUUGAUUGGCUGGUGACUGAUCCACAUUCAGAUCCCAUUGAGACAGACAGACGACAGGGCAGUGUCAGUGUGUGUGCGCUGGGCCGAGAGUCAGCAUGAUGCAUCGGUGGGGUCUACUCAUCACUGUGUUCUACUGCCAGCUGUUCCUGGCUGCUGCUCAACACUGGAGGAAAGCCCUUUACCCAUCAGCCUUUAGAGUGAAGCGUGGCACACACUCAUUGGUCAACCCCACCUUCCAGAACUCUGUGGAAGAUGUUAACCUGCUGUUUGAGAUCCUGCUGGCAGGCCUGCAGAUCGAGGGUGAGGACAAGCCCUUCGUGAUCCCAGACAAGGAGCUGGCGUCUCUGAGGUCGGUCCAAAAGCUGGAGGUUAUCUGUGAGGACGUCCUUCCCAAGAGACUAUCCGAGAUCAGACGUCUGACCUCCCACCUGUCCCAGCGCAGAGGUGCCCUAAGCAGGGAGGACUUUGAGCGCACAGUGCUCACUAUGGUGUACACUGCCCAGACUCUGGUUCAUACCACCUCCCAACACCAGAAGGCGCUGUGGGGAGACGCCCUGCUGCAGCUGUUCAGGGCCAUUCAAGAAGAUCUGACGCCCCUACCCAGAACACCUCAGCACAACUAGUGUUAUGGACACGUGGACACAUUUUUUUAGAUACUGUAAUAUACUGAUAAUUUUAUAUUGUAACACAAGUAACUUUUUGGCAGAGCAUUAAAAGGAUGUUUUCUAUUGAGUUGUAUUGUAUAAUCAAAAUGACUGUUCUGAAAAUGUAAUGUGUUUGGUUAUGAUCAAAUGAUGAUAUGAUCUAAUCAUAUUGAAAGGAGGAUGUGGGAAAAGGAGGGAUGUGUACAAUAUCCUGUUCAUGUUCUACCUAUCGGAUUCCGCCUUGUUCCAAGACUUCAGAUGUAAACAAACAUUUUAAAUAUUA